CCACCUCUCAACUUAAAUGUUUUUUCUCCAAUACAAUUACAAAGACAGACUCAUCAAAUACUAUAAUUUUGAAGUUACAAAAGAGUUUGAAAACAUUGCAUUUGAAAAUCAACAUUGUAUAAAGAUGGGGGAGGAGAAAAGGGAAGAAGAAGAGGCACAAGGGAUGGUGCUAAAAGUUGAUUUGCACUGUGAAGGUUGUGCUAGAAAAGUUGCAAGAGCCUUGAAAGGCCUUCAAGAAAUAGAUGAAGUGACGAUCGAUUACGAGGAAAGUAAGGUGGUGGUGAAAGGAAAAAAUGUAGAUCCACUUAAAGUGUGUGAAAGGGUGGAAAGGAAAAGUGGUAGAAAAGUUGAACUUCUUUCACAUAUGACAAAGCCAUUUGAAGAAAAUACAAAGGAAGAAGAAAUCAAGAAAGAAGAAGAGAAAAAAGAUGAGCCUCCUCAUGAAAUAACACUUGUGUUGAACGUUCAAAUGCAUUGUGAUGCUUGUGCUCAAGUUCUUCAGAAGCGAAUCCGGAAAAUCAAAGGUGUAGAAUGUGUUACGACAGAUAUUGAAAAAAGUCAAAUAAUUAUAAAAGGUUUCAAUAUCGACCCAGAAAAGCUAGUUAAUGAAGUGUAUAAGAGAAGCGGAAAACAAGCUUCACUCGUAAAUAAUAUUAUUCAAGAGAAAAAAGAAGAAGAAGAGAAGGAGGAAGAAAAAGAAGAAUAUAUUAUUAAGGAUUAUAAUUUAGCUCAAAAGUACUACAACAACAACAUGGAGUACUAUGCUAAUUAUUCUCCUCAAAUUUUCAGCGAUGACAAUCCUAAUGCUUGCUUUAUCAUGUAACUUAAUUAAUAUUCAGGCUAAUUUAAUAAUGAAUUUUACUUCGAUUUUCAAUA